AUGGAGGUACGUGGUCCUCGGAGGAAUCCCAGCUACCUCUCCGAUCUCUAUCAGAACAUGUUACGGGCUGAAGAAGCACUGGGACGAGGGCAGCAGCAGCAGCCGCCAGCAGUCUGUACAAAUAGCAGCAUGACUUUUCGGGGCAGUACCCCAGCCAAGAGGGGCCCCCAGCCAAAUAAGCUUCAGAGCAGCACUUCCUCCAGCUGUGACCCGGCGUUACGGCCUAUCAUACGCCGCCGAGCAAGGUCUUUGCCUACAUCACCUGAAAGAAGGAAGCGGGCAGCAGUGCAGUGUCAAGUUCCUGGAUGCCAGAGUCGUACGAACCGGGUGAGAUUUGCUGAUGCUUUGGGCUUGGAGCUCACUGAAGUGAAAGUCUUCCAGACUGGGGAGGAUCCAUCGAUCCCCUUGCAUGUACUUUCCAGGCUCUCCAUAAACUCAGACCUCUGGUACAGCAGCUCGGACUUGGAGUUUACCAUGCAGUGCUUGGUCCCUGACUUCCAGCAGCCUGCAGACUGUAUGGAUUUCUCCUCCCGGCUUCAGGAGCAGCAGGUGUGUCUUGAACGAGUGACCAGCUCAGAUUUGGGGCUCAGUGGCACCAUCCAGGUUCGCAAUGUUGCUUUUGAGAAGCAGGUAUCUGUGCGAUACACCUUCAACCAGUGGAAAAGCCUCCAUGAAGUGUGUGCUCAUUGGCACAGUAGCAUCCCUGAGAAAAACGGCCAGGAUCAGGUUGAUGUUUUCACUUUCUUUCUUCCUGUGCCUCCUUUCCUCCUUCAGCUGUGCUCUGUAGUCCAGUUUGCAGCAAGGUACCAAGUCAACGGCCAGGAGUAUUGGGAUAACAACAGAGGCAAAAACUACAGUCUUACCUGCCGGACUCACCCCCUUAAGAUGCCUAGAGAAUGUGAGGAGAGCUGGAUCCACUUCAUCUGAAUGAAGAAAGCGGAUGCAGAGCAGCUUGUCAGUAGUCUCGGUGGCACUCUCUUCCUUGGCAUGGCGCUCUGCUCCUAUGGCAACAGUCUCCUUUUUGAAACCUGCCAAACCUGGCGAAGUGUUCCAGGGCAGGGAAGUAGCCAAUGAUCUGUACAAACUGUUCUAAACCUCUCAGAAAGAAAAAAGGGCCAAAAUGUGUAUUGAGUUAUAGCCGUUGAAAGCCCGAGUGAUUUCUUGUGGUGUAUGAAU